AUUCGUAUGUGUCUGUCUACUCUCAUUACCAUACCAAAGUUGGAUGUUGCCAAUCGUAACUUCAAUCUCCCGAAACUCAUCACAGUACUCUACAUAAAAAAAAAUCACUUUAACAGUGUCACUUACUUAAAAUUCUAGAACUCUCGAUUCUGUACAGUCAGGACCACUCUCACAACCAUGGGCCGUCACUCCUCCUCCAAUCAUUCUCCAUCUUCCCGUCGACACCGGAGCCACCGCAGCAUAUCUCCUCCGCCAAGAGAGAAGCAAAGACCUUCGAGACACGAACCGGUUCGGUCGGAUUCCGGUUCACCUGAUCUUCCUCCUCCUCCUCCUCGCCGUUCUCGUUCUCCUUCUCCACGAACGAAGCGGUUGAAGAAAGUUCAAUCCGAACGCGAACCUAAACGCGAGCACGAGAGGAACCAUAGAGGGAGGGAUUCGGAGAAGGAUGUAGUUGAGAGGAAGGAGAGGAAGAGGGUGGAGAAUGACGAUGAUGAUGGUGGAAGGAACGGAAGGUCGUCGAGGUCGAGGCAUGAGAGGUCGCCGGAGCACCACCGCAAUGGGAGAAGCAGGCAUAGGUCUCAGUCGCCGCAGCAUCACUCCACCGCCGCCGCAAACUCAAAGCCUCGUGAUGAGGUGACAAAUUCAAGAGGAGCUGAAAUAAUGAAUGAAGAGAAUGAUUCUGUUAUGAAGAUGAAGGCUGCGGAAGAGGCUCUGGAAGAAAAACAGAAGCAAAAACCUUCAUUUGAGCUAUCUGGAAAACUUGCAGCUGAAACUAAUCGUGUCAGAGGCAUUACUUUGUUGUUCAAUGAACCACCAGAGGCUCGAAAACCUGAUAUUAAAUGGAGGCUCUAUGUUUUCAAGGGUGGUGAAGUGUUGAAUGAGCCCUUAUAUAUACAUCGCCAAAGUUGUUACCUUUUUGGAAGGGAAAGAAGGAUUGCUGAUAUCCCAACAGAUCAUCCAUCUUGCAGCAAGCAACACGCUGUUAUUCAAUUCCGGCAAGUUGAAAAGGAGCAACCUGAUGGUACAUUAGUAAAGCACACAAGGCCUUACAUAAUGGACCUCGGAAGCACAAACAAAACUUUCCUUAAUGAAAAUCCCAUUGAACCUCAACGUUAUUAUGAACUUAGGGAGCAGGACACCAUUAAAUUUGGUAAUAGUAGCCGAGAAUAUGUAUUACUGCACGAGAACUCUGUUUCGUGAAACUCAUUGACCUCCCAAUCCGCUCUAUCCUGCUCAUCAGAAGUGAUUGAAACAAACAUUGUAGCAUUAGUUUUUCUAAUCAUGUCUCACUUGUGUGUAUUCCCUCUUUUCAGAGAGAUUAUAGGUCAGUUUAUCUAAGUUUCUUGAUAUUUAUACAAGAUACGGAUUAAAUAUUUAUGUUAAGUUGUACAAUACAAUCUUGCCGACUGCCAAAUGAGAAUUUCAAAGCCUUCUUCUCUUUA